CAGAGGGUAAAAAAUCUAGUGGGGGCAGUAUUAGGUCUGUUCACAACUAAGAAGCAGAAUAAAUGUUGUUGUCAUGGACUGGCUUCAAUCACCAACACAAAACUACUUAUAAAUACAGAACUCAUGCAACAACAAAGAAAACUAAGCCGGAAAACAGUUUUCAAAGCAUACAAAGAACUUUUAUGCACAAGCUUCUUACAAACACAAUCCCGCACAUGCAAAUGGAAAUGAAACCUAACAGAGCUCACCUUACUUCGGUGUUCCUUCUCUUACUAACCUCUGCCUCCUACGCUCGUAACACCAACAGUGGUGAAAAGAAACCAGACUUAUCAGAGACAGCGUUAGCACCUAGUGCUAAAACACCAACAGGUGGUGUAGCUGUUGGUAUUGGGGGUAGCGGUUUUGGUCAUGGUAGAAACUGGAACUACAACUGGGGGUGGGGAUCAAGUCCUGGAGGUGGAUGGGGUUAUGGUUCCGGGUCAGGUAGAUCUCCAAACGGUCCUGCAGGUGGAUGGGGUUAUGGUGCGGGGUAUGGGUUUGGAUCAGGGACUGGAACUGGAUCAGGAUCAGGGUAUGGUAGUGGAGGUCAUGGUGGUGAUCACGGCACUGGGAGCGGCUCUAACACUUCUCCUGGAGGCAAUUAAAGCGGAAAUGGUAGUUCUGACAGAGCUGCAAUAGCUGAUAACCCUUGGUUUCUGCAACAACAAACAAAAUCAACUAAAAAGCCCAAGAUCUCGCAUGAUGUAGGAAUCACAAGCUUCAACGGUAGAAUAUGAUGUAUGCUAGUUAAAAAACAAAUGUUUGCUAUAAGCCUAUAACUCGUGUGCUAUAAUCAUAAUACAGAUAUGAAUGAAUAAAGAGAUACUAUUUUCUCCAUGAA